GAGAGCUUGGUAUUUUGACAGCACCUACACAAUUAAGAACGCCAGUGUCGUCUACUGUCCUUACCCAUUAUCGCAUUAUUGUUGCUAACUCCGAUCAGUAAUUAUUGUCAUGGCUGGCAAAGUUAUCAUCGAGGCUUCCGCGAAACAUACUGCAACGGUCAUAUUCUUUCACGGACUUGGAGACACGGGUCAUGGUUGGGCUAGCUCUUUGGCUGAAAUCAAACCAGCAUUCGUUAAGUUGGUCUGCCCAACUGCGCCAACGAUUCCAGUCACAUUGAAUUCUGGGUUUAGGAUGCCAGCAUGGUUUGAUCUCAAGGGCCUUGAUCUGAGUGCAGGUGAGGAUACAGAGGGUAUCCAAAGAGCUGCUGCCACAGUGCAAAGUCUGAUCGAGGAUGAGAUCAAGGGUGGUAUUCCAUCCAACCGCAUCAUUAUUGGUGGCUUCUCCCAAGGAGGUGCCCUAUCUCUGUAUUCUUCCCUAGUCAGCCAGCACACGCUAGGUGGUGUUGUGGCUCUGUCGUGCUGGCUUCCGUUACGUGACAGUUUCCCGGCUAAAAUUGCUGGCAACACGGAAACCCCUAUUCUUAUGUGUCACGGGGAUUCAGAUCCUAUCGUUCCUCAUCGGUGGGGUGAGCAGAGUGCAGCGCUUUUUAAGAAAUUCAACAAAUCGGUUGAAUUUCGUACGUACAGAAACUUGGCCCAUUCGUCUUCCGAUGAGGAAAUGAGGGAUGUAAAGGCAUUCAUAAUGCGUAACUUAGCUUAGUUAUCAAGAUCUUGAAGUAUGUAGGCGCCAUGUGUAGGCGAGGAACAAGAUGGGCAUAAACUGGCGUUGUUCGUUUAUGUGUGGAGGACAAAUAGUCAAUGUCGUAUGCCCAUCCGCGUGCCUAGUAUAACCUAGCGUGCAAGUCAAUUUUCAAAUUCAUCAACUCCUCGUCUUGACCAUUGCCUGGUGUAUGCACUUCAAAAUUAUAUUACACUCCAGCAUAGAUGAUAAA